AUGCUAAACGUGACUUGUGAUGCUUUACUGUCAGGCCAGUCUGUCACCGCUGCCGGAAUCUGUCUCAGGAGUGCGUAUGGCCACGGAAGCAGAAGAGGAGCUAGAGGUCCUGCAAAGGGUUAUGUCGAAGCCCUGGAGACGCGGCUAAAAGUCACAGAGGGUGUGUUGUGGCGACUCUUGAGUUCUUCAAACGAGCAGGACUUGUUGAGAGCUUUUGAUGAUCACAUUAUUGCAAAGACACCAAAGAGCCUUACUAUUUGUACAUUGGCGACCACGGAUGAGAAAAGGUCCGCCAUAUCGCACUGGGAGCAAUUUCCUCUUCGGUCUGCCGCAGAAGUGCAAACUUGGAUGCAAAAUCUCGAGCCGAUGCCAACUCCGGAGCCAUCACUCGCUCUAACCUCGAUUACGGGCGAGAACGACGCCCCCCAAGACUCAUGGGUAGCCACAGAAGAGCCACGACCAGACUACCCAGAGCGAGAGAUGACUGAGCAGUACGAUCACCAGCGUGAGUUUCACGCUACUGCCCCAUCAUCGGAAGCGAAUUCGACGGUGUCAGUAGCCCGAGAUGAGCUGCCCUUCACCCAGAACAGGCUUCAGGCCCUUGACUACGAGCUGUCGUUGUCCGCUCAAGGCAGUCAUCCCAGUCGAAGUGCCGUUGCUGGGAAAUUCGGACUAUCUUCAGAGUUCCAAGACACCUUUUUGUGGUAG